AAGUUCAGUGUCUCGUGGAGAGUGGCCGCGACACGACUCGCGACCAAUACCGCGUCAUCCCCGAGGACUGUGCGCUCGCCUGUGAUAAACGAACAGUGAAAAGUUCAUGAACUGGGUGUUGAAUUUGUUUGAACUUGAACGUGAAGAUCGACAUUCAAUUUAUUAAAACGAACCUAGUUCAAGGUUAAGCUCCAGUUCGGGUAGCAGUUGAAAUCUCAGAUGUUGCCACGGUCCUUAUCGAGAGGAACAAUGCGGAUUUUAAUUAGUUUCGCGAUAUUAAUGUGCGCUGUGGAGGCCGCAAAGAAGUUCGAAGGGACUUUAAGAUCGGCGGCCGAUGCACCGCCUCAGGACAAUCUUGCCAUAGAAUCAGAAUCUCCCGAACCAUCGGUGGUAGACGCUCCCCAAGAGUAUAAGAAUCCCGGCGCUCCACCACCUGAAAAAGUUGAAGACGAUCCCAUUGAAGAAGAAGAAGAUGAACAACCGGCACCUGUACCAGAGACAGCAGCCGGAAUUCCACCAUCCGCACCCAGUGGAAUAUCUGCUCCAUCGGCACCUGCGAACUCUCUCGAAGAAUGUGAUUCCGAAAUGAUUGGAUUUGAACUAGUCACUGGGUACGUUUUCUCAGCGCCAUCACACAUUCUAGACGACAUCCCUGGAACUUUAAUGUUGACAGAUUGUUUAGAACAGUGUCAAACGAAUGACACUUGCCGCGCUGUGAACUACGAGACAGGCUUGUGCGUUCUCUUUAGCUCUGAUGCUGACCAAUUACCAGGUGCACUAACGAAAUCGCAAUUCCCUGUAUUUACGAUCUACGCCCAAAAAUCUUGUCUUGGUGUUAAGCCGUGUGAGCGGGCUUGGUGCUUUGACCGUGUGCGUGGCUACCACCUCAAAGGCCGCGGCAAGAAAACACACACAGUCAGCUCUAGGCAGAUGUGCCUUGACCUCUGCUUGGGAGAAAAUGAGUUUGUAUGCAGAUCAGCGAACUACAACAACAAAACAGGCGAGUGUGUUCUAUCAAACAUGGAUCGGAUUACUUUGGGCGGCACCAAUGCUUUCCAGCCGAAUGAAGAUACUGACUAUUUAGAGAACAACUGUGUAGAAGAGCCAACGAAACUUUGCGAGUUCAAAAAAAUGAGUGGCCGUAUUCUUAAGACAGUCGAUUCUGUAUAUCAAGACGUGCAGACUGUAGAAGAAUGUCGUGAACUAUGCUUAAAUUCACCUUUCCGUUGUCACUCAUAUGAUCAUGGCGAUACUGGUGAUCAUGUAUGCCGACUCUCUCACCACUCCAAAGCAACUCUUGCUGAUAUUCAGGAUCCGUACCUUGAAGUACCAGAAGCCGCCACAUACGAACUGUCUUCCUGCUAUAACGUAUCCAUCGACUGCCGAGCUGGCGACAUGGUCGCCAAAAUUCAAACGUCAAAACUUUUCGACGGCAAAAUUUACGCUAAAGGAAGCCCUAACUCUUGUGUUGUUGAUGUGAAACAGAGUUUGGAAUUCGAGUUGCAUAUGGGUUACAACAACAUUGAGUGUAACGUUAAACAAAACGGACUUGGCAGAUAUCUCAAUGACGUCGUAAUUCAGCAUCACGACACGAUCGUCACCUCUUCUGAUCUCGGAUUAGCCGUGACUUGUCAGUAUGAUUUAACAAAUAAGACCGUUGCUAAUGAAGUGGAUCUUGGAAUUCACGGCGAUAUUCAGACUGGUCUGUCCGAGGAGGUCAUUGUCGACUCACCGAAUGUAGCAAUGAAGAUUACCGACAGAAGCGGAGAUGACACCAUUGUUUCUGCCGAAGUUGGAGAUCCCUUGGCGCUCAAGUUUGAGAUCAUGGAUCCCAACUCGCCUUUCGAAAUCUUUGUACGAGAGCUGGUUGCUAUGGACGGUGUCGAUUCCAGUGAAAUCACCCUCAUCGAUAGCGACGGUUGCCCCACUGAUCAUUUCAUCAUGGGACCUCUGUUCAAGUCUACAUCAACCGGAAAGAUACUUUUGUCCAACUUCGAUGCAUUCAAGUUCCCAUCUUCUGAGGUUGUCCAAUUCCGUGCUUUGGUGACACCAUGCAUGCCUACUUGUGAACCAGUUCAAUGUGAUGGUGGACCAAAUGAAUUACGAUCCGUUAUGUCUUACGGACGUAGGAAGAGGCGUUCCACUUCAGCUGCCCCCACUGACGAUAUGCUUCUGGUACAAACCAUUCAAAUCACAGACAAAUUCGGUUUCGACAAACAACGAGCUAAGAAUGUCACAGAAGAUUCCGUGUACGUCAGGGAGACCGAUGUUACUUGUGUAAACGCAUCUGGGGCUAUGUUAGCAGCUGCUGCAUUCAUUGCUGCACAACUAGUCGUACUUGCUGCAUGGACCUGCAGUUGGCAGAGGAGACGCGCUGCCGCCAAAGCUGCAGAGUUACUCCCAGGUCCCAAUGCCCCUUCAUCUCUUUGCAAAGUCUACGACCCUAGUUUCUCCCGAGCACACCAGAGGCACUUCUGAGUUAUUAUAUGAAUGUCAACGUAACAGCGUUUGCAAUAGUAGUAUAUUUGUAGCUUAAAUACCCCCGUCGAGUCUUGGCUCAGAAAAACUUUCGAGUGAAGACCUGCGAUAGCGGUUAUUAAUGAUAGGAGCGAAUCUAAAAACGAAAUAGAUUUGCGCGACAUAGAGACGGGGACGAUCACUGAAGCGUUUGUGAUAGAGGAUGAAUGAUAAGAGGAUAGUGUGUUAAAUGCGUGAUUGUUCUGAAUGUGAGCGCUUGCUUGUCCCCAUCCCUGAAGUCGACAGCGGGGCAAUGGUCGUAGUCGUUAUCGAGACGACGUCGCUCAUUCGUUCACAAUACGUCCGAAAGUCCACAUGAAUUAUAAUAUGUAUUGUACCAUAUUUUUCGAUGUAGUGUAAGAGUGUUUUCACGAUAGUUUUAAGUAAAAGUAACAUUUUUGUACCUUUUAAGUAGAUAAUCGAUGAAGCGACCAAGUCAAGAAACGAUACGAAAACUAUCAUAGUUCCGAUACAAGUAAUUUAUUCCUAGGAUAGUUUGUCUUUUACUUAAUUUAUGUUCAACUACGAAUUAUACCUAUUAUAUAAAUCUUAAAUGUUAACAAAAUGUUGCUUACCUAUAAUAAAAUGUGCUAUUUUCUAUAUUUAGUGAACCGAUAGUAUUUUUAUGGAUAUUAGUGCCUUAUUAUGAAUUUAUUUCAAAUAAUAUUAAGUACCAGUUUCAA